UGGCCAAUGGCUCGGGGGCGGGUCCGGGGGCGCCGCCGUGGCCGCGGCGAUGGAGGAGCGGCCGCGCUGAGCCGCCGCCAUGGCCAAGAGCCGCGGGCCUGGCGAGCCCGGCGCGGGGCUGCCCGGUGCUCGGGACAGCCUGGCCGAGCCAGGCGGCGCCGCCGAUGAGCUCAGCUCGCUGGGCUCCGACUCCGAGGUGAACGGCGGCACCGACGAGCGGCGCGUCGACAAGUUCGGGUUCAUCGUGGGCAGUCGCAGCGCCGAGGGGCCGCUGGAGGAGGUGCCCCUGGAGGUGCUGCGGCAGCGGGAGUCCAAGUGGCUGGAUAUGCUCAACAACUGGGACAAAUGGAUGGCCAAGAAACACAAGAAGAUCCGGCUGCGGUGCCAGAAGGGGAUCCCGCCCUCGCUGCGGGGCCGUGCCUGGCAGUACCUCUCCGGGAGCAAGGUCAAGUUGGAGCAGAACAUCGGCAAGUUUGACGAGCUGGAUCUCCUCCCAGGGGAACCGAAGUGGCUGGAUGUGAUCGAGCGGGAUCUCCAUCGGCAAUUCCCCUUCCAUGAGAUGUUUGUCUCCCGUGGAGGCCACGGGCAGCAGGACCUGUUCCGCGUGCUGAAGGCCUACACGCUGUACCGCCCGGAGGAGGGCUACUGCCAGGCCCAGGCGCCCAUCGCCGCCGUCCUGCUCAUGCACAUGCCAGCCGAGCAAGCGUUCUGGUGCCUGGUGCAGAUCUGCGAGAAGUACCUGCCCGGGUACUACAGCGAGAAGCUGGAGGCCAUUCAGCUGGACGGGCAGAUCCUCUUCUCGCUGCUGCACAAGGUCUCGCCCGUGGCCUAUAAGCACUUGAGCAAGCAGAAGAUCGACCCCAUCCUCUACAUGACAGAGUGGUUCAUGUGCGCCUUCUCCCGCACGCUGCCCUGGAGCUCUGUCCUGCGCGUCUGGGACAUGUUCUUCUGCGAAGGAGUGAAGAUCAUCUUCCGUGUGGGCCUGGUGCUCCUCAAACACACCCUGGGCUCCUCGGACAAGCUCAAGUCCUGCCAGGGCCAGUAUGAGACCAUGGAGAGGCUGAGGGCCCUCAGCCCCAAGAUCAUGCAGGAGACUUUCCUGGUGCAGGAGGUCAUCGAGCUGCCGGUGACGGAGCGUCAGAUCGAGCGGGAGCACCUGAUCCAACUGAAGAAGUGGCGGGAGACGCACGGGGAGCUGCAGUGCAAAUCUCCCCCGCGCUUGCACGGCGCCAAGGCCAUCAGCGAGGCUGAGCCCCCCACCCGCAAGGCGCUGGAGCCCGUCCCCUCCAUCAUCGUCCCUCCUGGCCCAGCUCCCAUUCCCAAGGCCCGCAAGAGCAAGGAGAAGAGCCGAGAAAAGAGCCUGGCUACCCCCGCCAACGGCCCUGCGGCAGAGGGCAAUGGGGCGCCCGGCUCGACCCGGGAGCUGCUGCACCCCCAGGUCUCCCCCCACCACCAGUCCAAGGAGAGCCUGAGCUCCCGGGAGAGCGAGGACACGUACUUGUAGAGCCCGGCGUGGUGCUGGCUCCGUAGCCCGGGGCUCAGCUGGGCUGUGCAUGGACCCGGGCGCGAGCACUUUCCUGGGGGCUGUGCGGGGAGCCGUGGUGCUCAGCACUGGGGGCUGCGGGGACAGGGACGGGCUGGGGGGACACCGCAGCCCCAGGCUGCCUGCUUGGGGCGUGCUGAAAGCUGGGGGACAGCAGGAGCUCGGCCAGGUGGGGUGCUGGCACCCAGAGCGGGGAGCCCUGGCAAGGGGGUGGCUGAGCCACCGGAGCCCCCUCCCCAUGGCCGGGGGGGGGCCCAGGCAGCCGCUCCCCAUCCCGCAGCCCUCAGAGUCCCCCCUAGCCCGCGGGCAGACCCAGACCCAGUUCCUGAGCCCUCGCGCCCGGCGCAGGGGGACUUGGGGGUACGUGAGGAGCUGGGGGCCCCCUCUCCCCCCUCCUCUUUAUCUAGCGAGGAUAUAUCGAGCUGUAGCCCUAUCUGUAGUACCGAAUUUACCUACUCACUGAGCCUAUUUAUUCUUCCUCCGCGGCACAGGAUGGGGACCGAGGUUGGAGCUGCCCACAGGACGUGCCGGAGGCACCGGGGUUUGAUGCCAGACCGUGGGGCUAAAACCCCCCCAUCCCUGGGCUCCCCUCGCCCCUUCCCCACCGCUGCCGCCCACCCUGGGGCCCCAGGGGAGGGGAGACGGGGUGGGCGAGUGGCCAGGCACUCCCUGGUCGUGGGGUCCCCCCUCUCUCCCUGCCCUCCCCAAGGGUUGGGGGCAGCUUUGUAAAAUAAAGCGGGGACAAUGGUUUUGUACAAAGGGGUAAAUAAAGCAGGAUUGUGUAAAGGCGCAACGCCUCUUGCUCC